AUGCUCAGCUUGUAUGCGGAACUCCAUGGUGAGAUGCGAGAUGCCAAGGGUCUCGUUCUGACCAGCCACGAACAUCUUCUUUCAUACAAGCUGGGUGGGUGGCAGCACCUUGCCGACGGCAAGCUCGGGGCUGCACGCUACAUGGUUAGCUUCCAGAACUGGCUCAACAAUCAUUGUCGCGACGUCCUCGAUGAGUGCGACUUCACUUUGUCGGUCAAGACGCAGCUAAAUUACCCAAGCGGGCCCGAGAUGACCGUUGAUGGGCACCCAUUCCGAUGGCAGGUUGCGCUUGGACUGCUGGCUCUAGCGUCCCACCACAUUCCUCUCAUACGGGAUAACUUCCCCGGUAGUAUCGAGAUACUGCGAAAACGGGGAUCGUUCCCUAUGGUAUACUUUCUCAAGAGUAGCGCCGAGGAUGCCCUCCACGAGCGCAUACUGGAUGAAAUCUGUGCUGGCCGUACGACCUUCCUUCGUCCUGCGGAUUCAUUCUCCUCAGACCACUCAAAGAUCAUCCGGCGAGUAUUGACUGACCAGAGCCUCGACCACGGCUCGUUCACUCUUGCUGUCAAGGCCUUCUCGAACCCACAGGCGGCAUCUAAAAUGCUCCUUGUUGUCCGUGGGCUCCUCCUGAACAGGAUAUUGCUUUGCCUGAACAAGCGAUGGAAUGUGCAGUACGGCCUUCAUCCACAACGCCACCCAAUCGCAGUACCUUUUGAAGCCAAAGGUGUACCCUCUGAGCAGUCCGAAUUUGGCCAUCCGGAUGUGGCCAUUCUCUUCACUUGUCUAGCAUUCUAUCAUACAGGUCUGACAUCCGAGCAAUUCCGCAAGGGCUUGCAGCAUGUUCUUCAGUCCGAUGAUCCAGCUGCUCAGUACGAACACUGGACAUCUUCUUGCAAUAACCUGCCGGAAGAGCUACGCCAUUGGAAUGUGAUUAAUCUUGACGAUGGGUCACAGAUGGAGGACCUAUGGCGUCAAUUGCAACUGGAUCGCGUGGUCGUCGACCACUAUCUAAACAACUUCGUCUUCCCGAAGUACGCCAGACAGUUCGAAAUCAAACUGCAGGCUUCUGGAUGGGAUAUACCGCUUGUCGUUCCAGACAAGGAGCAUGGUGCGAAGACCACGGGGUUCAGCGGACAAACGACAACCGCAUGA